CCCCCAGUCUUCUCCCCUUCGCCGCCGCCCUAGCUUCCCCGCGAGCGGGCCUCCUCCCCCCAACACCGAGCGUCUCUCCGCGGGUCCAAGCCGGCGGGAUCCGCGUGGCCUGUCGUGUCCGCCUCCGCCUCUGAGUCAAGCUCGCCGGCAGCCGCCGCCGAGCAAUGGAGGCGCUCCGGAUCGCGGAGGCGGAGCUCACGGUGUACGUGCACCCCUCCAACGCCAAGCGCGUCCGGCACGCCGUCAACCGCCAGCUCAGCUCGCUCCUCUUCACGUAUGACGACCGUUUUAAUGGCGUGGUGCUGAUGCAUGAAGUUGCAUUCCAUCUUGGCCAAGGCAAUGAGGGCGAACCCAACAAAGAUGAAAGUGGUGGACCCAAAGAUGAAAGUGGUGAGCCCAAAUCUUGUGCCAAAGGCAAAAUCAAAGAUGGACGUGGUGAACCCAAAUCUUGUGUCAAAGGCAAAACCAAAGACAAAAGUAGUGAACCCAAAGAUGAAAGUGGUAAACCUAAAAUUUGUAUCAAAGGAAAAAUCAUGAAUGGCUUGGUGCCAUAUUUCGGAGUCCAAGUGCAGGCCCAACUGCUGCUCUUCUCUCCACAACCGGACAUGAUCCUUGAAGGGAAGGUUGAAAUGCUUGGAAAGGAGUCAAUCCAUGCCAUUGUAUUAGGGCUUUUCUCAGUGGCAAUUAUGUCUGAAGAUAUUCAUGAAAAGUUCAGAUUCAAAAGGAAAAGUGAUAGAGGGAAAUAUGUGAGCCGCACAGAUAAACAUCAUGUGAUUAAAAGAGGAACAAUGAUAAGGUUUUCUGUCAAAAGGGUGGAUACAGAAAUGAAUUGUCAUAUUACUGGAUCUUUAAUCCCACCUCACACUGGAUGCAUGCGUUGGUUGUCAGUACAUGACACUGAAUAUGCAUCAGAACUCAAAAGUGGUGAAAGUAGACCAAGGGAUACAAGCAUCAAAUUUGAGCAGAAUGAACAAGAACACAGAAUACUCAAGAAUGAAGAUGGCAUGGUGAAAUCUGAACGGCCACAUAAGUCCCGAAAGAGGCGGCACACUGAGGAAUGAUAUUUCAUUGAGGCUGAAGAUUUUGUUUAAAUACAAAGGAUGUAUGUGAAAGUCAUGUUCGCUUCAAUGGUUCUGCUGCCUGUAAGCCUGUUGAUGUUUAUUGGGCGAAGAUGCCUCUCCAGUUGGAGGUUUCUUCAUAGAAAUGUAUGAUGAUGUAAAACAAAUCAAGGGUUGCAUUUGCAAAUGGUCACUUGUUUUAACCCGACGGUAACUGAACUCAUCCAAGAAAGCAUUAGGUUUAGUGGCAAAUGGCAAUCCCAUAUUUCGAUUAUAGCCCCUGGCUUAUGUUGGGUGUUGUGCCUUUUAUGCUGUAAAAUGCAUUGCUGAUCUAGCUUUUGAAUCAUUGAAUGCAAAUCAAAA